AUGAGUACGGUCAACAAGUCGGGAACGCGGUUCACGCCCAAGUUGACGCAGCGAAGCCGGUCGCGAUCGGUAAGCACCAGCAAACAGCAGCUGCCGACCCCCGUCUCGACGCAGAAGACAGCGCAGGACACAGCUAAGAGCACUACACAGGAAACCUCUGCUAUUGACGACCAGAGCGACGACAACGGCGAGCGGAACGCAGACGUGUUUGCAAAGCCGCGCAGAGCGUCGGUAGUGUCGCUGGGGAAUCUGAGACGGCCGUCUGUGACAGGGCUCAAGACCCCGGAGACCAGCCAGAGACGUCUCUCUUCCCUGGGGCCUGGCGCCGCUGCUGGGCCUCUGGGGCUGCGCAGCCGGCAGAGCAGUGUGAGCAGCAUUUCUGAUAGACGGCGGUCUUCUGACGAGGGAGACGCGCAGCCCAUGAAGAUCGGGAUUCCAGAGAUCGCGGGCAGUUUGGGCCGGAGACGCAGCUCGGUGCAGUCGAGCAAAGCGGAUUUUGGAGUCGAAUUCAAGAAAAUCGGUUCGCGAGCCAGCGGUGUUGCGACGGACGACAACGUCGAUCCUCUGAAACAGGGGAAGCCGCAGGAGGUGAUGCUGACGAAAGCAGAGCGCGAAAAGCAGGUCAAGUUCAUUAUUGAUCCUGAGAAACAGGUACUGACAAAAGUGAGUAUCGACGAGUACCAGCAGAUGCGGAAUGUGCCGAACUCGCUGGUGAUUGACGAGAUCAGGGCGCUGAACAAGGUGCGGAACUCGGAGGACGCCGAUCUGCUUGAGAACUUCGUCAUCAACGACGGCAAGGUCACGCUGGAAGAGCUGUGCAAGCCCGUGAUACCGUUUGGAAAAGUGUCGAAAAAUUACGAGCUGGCGAUCGAGGGGGACAGGCGGCGGAUGGCGCAGCGGGAGCUCCGUUGCAAGCGGCGGAAGCUUGCACGCGAGAUGCGGGUGCCCCUGAACCAGCUGGAAGGAGAGGAGGAAGAAAAGCUGGAGAAAGAGCGGCAGCAGAAGGCAAAGAAAAUUUUGGAUUCUGGGGACGUUGAGAGUGCGCGCAGAAACAAGCGACAGCCGCAGCUUCAGCUGGAUGAGAACCAGAAGCUGAUCCUGGACCCGGAGUCGACGGUGAUCGACCGCCAUAGCGGGCCGGCCGACUCCGCCAGAGAAGUGGUGGACGAGAACCCGUACCAGAACCUGAUCACGUCUGGCUCGUACUCGAAGAAGAAGUAUGUGGAUAAGUGGACGGCCGAGGAGACGGCCGAGUUCUACAAGGCGCUCUCGACAUGGGGGACCGAUUUUGGGCUGAUUGCGCAGCUGUUCCCGUACCGCACGCGACGGCAGGUGAAAGCGAAGUUUGCGUCUGAGGAGCGGCGCAACCCGCAUUUCGUUGAGCUGGCGCUGCUACGCAAGCUUCCCGUCGACAUUGCCGAGUAUGCUGCCAAGACGGGCAAGGAUUUCAAGACGUUGGAGGAGUACGAGGCCGAGAUCAAGGCGUUGCAGACGAAGCACGAGAACGAGAUGAAGGAGAUGAAAGCGAUGAAGGAGCGUGCUCGGCUGGAGGACCUGAACAGCAACAACGAGCUGGAGACGACAAGGGUGACGUCGCGGUCGCGGAGAGAAAAGUUGCUCGCGUUCCGCAAAGACGAGGAGGUGGUUGGAUUUAUCGACAGAAAAUAA